AUGUUCAACGCUAAGAAGUUCCGCUCUAAGAGAGAGCAGGCAGCCUAUGAUGCGACGUUAGGCGGGAGAUACCAAAAGAGCUUGAAGAAACAUCCGUUCUUACUGUUUGGGCUACCAUUUCUCACAGCAAUGGCUCUAGGGUCAUUUUGGCUCUCGUCAUUCACUGCUAUCAGAUACGAGAACAGAGACCGUAAACUACAAGAGCUGGACGAAGAGCAGGUGCUGGAUCUGAAUACGAAGAAGAGACACGUUGAUGUGAAGGAGGAGUAUUACAGACUUCAAGGGUUGGGCGAACAGGAGUGGGAGCCAAAGAGAGUUCCAAGAUUACCAGGCGAGGGAGAUAACGUGUUCUGA